ACCUGCCUGUAAUUGUAGAGUACUCCUGAAGACCUUGAUUAAUUGGUUCAGGUGUUUAGAGCUCCACUUGCAGGAAGAUGGCUUUUCAGGAGAAGAGUUUGAAAUCACUGCUCCAACUGAAAGACAGUACUCUCUUUGGAGACAAACAGAGAGGGACAAGAAGGGAAAAAAGCAAACUGGUGUCUCUUCAUUCUUCUGAUGGCAGCGACAGAAGAUAAGCGAGGUUAUUUGGUAAAGGCUGAUGCAGCGUGUUGGGUCAUGCAUAGCUGCUUUUGACAUCCAAACUGUCGCUCCCUAGACCUGUCAACUUAGGGUUUUUUCACCAGCACUCCGCCACAUCCAAAAAGACCCUCAUCAUACUGAGAGCAAUCUUCCUUCACGACUGAGAGUGAUAUGCGAGUCAAAUCUCUCACUGUGCUAAAAUGCUUUCUGGCCCUGACUGUGCAUUGAAAUGGAAUUUUGUCCUGCCGGAUCAUGAGCGCAUUAUGAACAAUUGUCCAUUUGUAUGAUAAUCACAUCUGGGAGCACAGGAUAGUAAUGUAGUGUAAUUUGAUGUAAUGUUUAAAGCUGAUCGGACACCAAUCUAUUCAAACCCCAUCUGUUCACAAGAUGCCCCUCUUCUUUCAUGCUCUGGGGUUGGCGGUCAAUUGCAGGUGUCGUUUAACUUGAUCGCCGGACGGGAUGUGGCAGAAGGAAUAUGAGACGGAUAAAAAACGAAUUACUGAGGAUCGACAGCUGGGUUACAGGUCACCCAAUGAUGGCAUGGGCAGCAUGCUGAAAUGUAAAGCAGAAGAACCACAUGGACUUACCCACAGCCUUUCAGCCUAAUAGAUAAAACUUUUGAUAUUCUAUGAACAAGUCCCAGAUGUAGGAAUCUAGAUGUUUUCAAGCAGCCCUGAAGAAAUGAAUACCAUAAGCACCUGGCACUACAUAAAGGUGUCCUUACCUGCAGCUCCGGUGUCUUGGACUAGAACAUGUGGAAGGGGUCUUCCAACAGGCUUUAAGCCUAUGGAGGACGGUAAGGGCAAACCAGACUAGACCGGCACAGGGUGAAUCACUGGGGCAAUGAGUCAAUCAUCCACGGCUAUAAAAGGGAGAUUCCUGCUUGAGUUUCUCAAUAUGCACACCAACACACCAGAGAAAGAUGCAGUCUUCCCUGAUCUUUUGCUACUUAAUAACAGCCCUGGUGGCCGUUAGCAUCAGCCGACCCACAGCUACAGAGGAGAGGAUCCGAAUCAUGGCCCGAACUAUCAUCACCAGAAUUAAAAAAAUCAAGGAUGAGCAUUUCCAAAUGUCUCCAGAGAUUGAUUUUGGCACUGACAUCGAUACCCCUACUGAUGGUCUCACUUCUGUCUUCGUUCACUUGAGCUACCUUCAGCUGAGGCUGCGGGUGCCUCCAGCCCUGCACUUACAGCAGGUCCAAGUGGACUUGGAAACUCUCCUAAGAACACUGGAGGGACUGGCAGUUUCACAGGGAUGCCCUCUGCCCAACCCUGAGACCCCAGUGCACAAAGAUGAAACAGCCUUCCCUGUCACCUCCAACUACCUGUACCUCCUGGAGCUCCAGAGGUACCUUGAGAAGCUCUGCCUGAAUAUGGACAAACUAAAAUGGUGCAAAGAUACAGAUGUGGCUGAGACAUUUAUAUUCUGAAAUAUGUAAGCCAUGCUUCUAUACUUCUGUGCAUCACUCUCAAAAAUGCACAUGCAAGGACUAGUUCUCUAAAUUAUUUUCUCUAACUUAUUAUACUUGAUUAGUUCUCUCAAAUUUUUCAGCUUAUGUUAGUGCUGUCUUUUUCUACAGCUUUGUAUUUUCUAAGGUAAACUGUAAUAUUUUAGCACGUGAUGAUGUUUUGUAUUAUAACAUAGCACUGAAAUAUUUGAACAUGCCUUUAGUUGUUUAUUGUGUUGUUUAUUAUGUCAGUCAGACAUGAAUGCAGAAGGACUGCGAUGGUAUGCACUUUUAUAUGCAUUUUUUAAAGAAUUUUUAAGACAAUAAAUUAUCUUUACAAAAACA